UCUGUUGACCAUGUCCUCCCCCUACAUGUCUUUUUAAUGCAAAGUUAUUGGAUAGAGUAACAGUGUAGGAUAUCUGAGUAUCCCUGAUCAAUCAAGUCAUUGUGGAUGCUGAAUUGAUGAUCUGACUUCUGAAACCAGAGGGGUGAGGGUCCUGAAACCAGGUUGUAGCCUGCGUACCUGAUAAUAAUCCUGGAGAAGGCAUCUCUCUGGUACUUGUAAGCCUGUGUGGGCGGGCAUAGGGAACACCUGGCUGCUUACAUCUCUUGGUCUCUAUAUAGUAGUGGGGGAACUGUGAUCCACUUAGGAUGCCUCUUACACAGACCAAACUCCUUGCAGUGACACUGGCUUCCAAGCAUGUUCUCCUGUUUGGACCUCACUGUGGUCUGUGUAUGCUCUAUGCAUUCGCCCCAUGCGGGUUCACUUGUGUUCUUCUACCUACAGAGGCCUGCAGACAGACGUCAUCCCCUGAAAAUGUCCUAAACAAGGUGCAGGCCAACGAGGAAGAGGAGAGGCUGAAUAGAGAACUGGAGCUAACUACCAAGGAAAGAAAUGAGCUGACAGAUCGCCUCCUUUAUGUGACAGGUGGAUCCAUGAGCAAGAGCCCCUACUUCAGGCCAAAUCCAUUUUAUGAAAACUUGAAGAUAAAAGAGAAAGAGGUCAUGUCAUUACUGCACAACUUAGACACAAAGAACAUUGAACAUCGUGAGAAAUUUCAGGAGCUCAAGAAGGAGAUUAACUUCUAUCGCAACCUGCACAGCCGGCUCCUGAUGGACCAGGCAUGUAUGAAGAAGAAGUUGGUCACAUUGAAGCAGGAGAGCAAGGAGGUACAGCGAUAUUUGUUUGAGUUGAACUCGAAGGAUGAAGAUGAAUAGGAGAAGGCCAGCAACCUCCAGACCCAGCAAAAUGUGGUCUCAGGAACUGCAGGAGACAUGGCAUAGGACGGAUCCCAGGAAGACAGCCCCCUGAGGAAUGAGUUUCUCUCUCAGGAGUUCCCUGUGACGACAAUCCUCACAGUCAAAGACUUUUUGGGGGAAUAUUCUUCUUCUCAGAUAAUUUCCUCAAUGUAUAGAGACCCUAAAUUUAUGUAUCCGUAUGCCAGCCUAUCUCAUUGAGGUCUUUCUCCUUUCUCAUACCGACAACACCAUUUGAGAGACAACUGAGGGGACUGCCGUGACAUCUCACGUCCUAGAGGAGAAACAGCACUACAACUGUGUUUCUAAAUGUUCAUUAAGAAAAUUCUGUUAAGAAAUGUUUUUGGUUAUGAUUUUCAUUGAAGUUUUCUUUUUGUUAUUUCAUAGUUAUAUAUUCUUGUUACUGUUUUUCAUUUUUUAUACCAUUUUAGUUGUACAUUUUAUGCCUGUUUUUUGUAAAUUGUAUUCCUUAUGAAUAAAAAUUGAUUUGUAACUCUUGACUCUUAAGACCAUCUUAUUCAAGGGUCCUUCCCCUCCUGUAGACUUAGAACUGACAGCUAGAUAUGGAUCUUUGCAUGGUCCAGUGAAUUCAAAGCCAC